AUGGUCGGACCUCCUGACACUAGGAGAAGGGACAAGCGGUGUGAAUAUCACAAGGACCACGGCCAUGACACCGACAAUUAUUUUGCACUGAAGGAUCAUCUGGAAGAACUGGUACAAGACGGUCGGCUAGCGCAACACGUCCGAAAGAAUAAUCCAUUGAACAUAGUAGCCCUAAGGCCAGAUUCGCCUCAACUUGGUGUGAUUCACAUGAUACACAACCUGUUGCUGUCAGCCGAGAUACAGACAAUUCAGUUACAACCUAGCCUUCAAAGGCUGAUCACACCAGCAGAACGACCCCAUGAAACUGGAAGGAUCAGUUUUAAUGACACCGACUUAGUUGGAGUAACUCUCCCACACGCCGAUCCCCUCGUCAUUGAGCCACGCGUCAACAGAUUCACCACUGAAUGUGUUCUCAUCGAUCAGGGAAGCACUUUGGAAAUAAUGUAUUACAAGACAUUCGUCAAACUCGGCUUCACAGAUUCGGAUUUGUUGCCAACCAAUUACCCAUUAUUCGGCUUCAACGCUAACCCUGAGUAUCCAUUGGGCAAGAUCACGUUAGCAGUUUGGGCAAGCACCAGAUCAGUAGAUGUUGAAUUUCUGGUCGUCAAACUUUCGUGA